AAUAAUCAAUCUAUAUGCUUCAAAAAAAGAUACGGAUGUUAAGAAUCAUGAAUUUUGAAUAGAAACUAACUAUCCACCCUAUAUGGCUAUAUAAAGCUUAACUAUACGAAAACUAGUUAGGGGUAGAAAAAAUUUCAUAGCAUUAAAGCUUCUAUAUACUCUCUCUGAAUCAGUUUACGGCUCUUCUCGAUCAUAUCUAUUAUCAUGGUUUGUAAAGAUUUUUAAUAUGAUUUAUUUGUUACAUUGUCUUUCUAGAAAUAUCCCCAUAAAUAUAUAUAUAUAUAUAUAUGUAUGUCAUUAUCUUCUAUCACUCGACAUAGUUGACUGGUUUCUUGUCGCCAAGUUUUGCUGCCCAACUAUAAAUAGAUGUGCUGUGCUCAUCAGCUCAUGCUAAGUGUUUUGUGUAGCGAAAAAAAAAAUGAGAAACCUCAAGUCUCUCGCUCUCUUGGCUUUGCUCUUUUCUCUCUCCCUCGCUGUAUUUGCGGACACAUCCAACGAUGCCACACAUGCUAAAGAUGAAGUGAAGCCAAGUACUGAAGCAAGCGAUGCCAUAGAGCCGCAACAACGUGAACCUAAACCCGAGAUCGAGGAAGCCCAAGUCGAGGCCAGUGACGCUGUUGUAGAGCCACAGCAAGUCUGGGGUGGUGGUUGUAGGUUCGGAUGUUGCGGUGGGUUGUGGUAUGGAGGGUGCCUAUACUGUUGCAUGAGUCCAGCCGAGGCCAACGAGGUUGCGGAAACUGUUGAGCCCAACGAUGUUGAACCCCAACAACGCCGUGGAUGUAGGUACGGUUGCUGUGGAAGCUAUGCAUAUGGACAGUGUAGUGCUUGUUGUUCCAAGAAGAUAAUGGCCACGGAGAAAGAGAAGAAGAAGAAAGAAGCUAAGCCAUGAUUUGGCAUGUAACACAAACUCUCUAUGUUUGUAUGCAUGGUUAAUUACCAUUACGUUCGUAUGUCAAAAUAAAAGAAAUUAACAUAUAGUGCCUAA